UCGGGGGGACGUUUCUUCCGCCACUGUUCUCAAAACUCACACAGGUAACCGCGAACAUUUCACACACCUGGCAGCUCAUCUGAAGCUCCGCCCACAGGGCGUGGAGAACCGAGGAAUUGUUUUCGACGCCAGAUUCCCAGCAUCGCCCAUUACUUCUAAGGAUUUCCCCAAACAAAGUGCAUCGCCUGCCCGGCUUUUUGCAAGGAAUACCGCCUUUUCAACCAGUUCAAAUGGUCGGCUCGGGAAACGAACAAUGUAAAGCUUUAAUCGCGAUCGGUCUCGUGGGAUUUUGAUCUCGCAGUUUACGAAGAGAGGUCUUGAUCCGACGCCGCGAGUUUUCUCUGAAGAACUCGAAGGAUCUGAAGAAAACGAAGAGGCGGCGGAGGGCAGAGAGAGGUGGAAAAGUGAAAAGAUGGCGUGGAGGGCCUUGGCAGCAUUGUCCAUGCUGCUGUGUAUGGGCUCAUCUUGCUGUGAUGAUACUACAGACCAGUUCACCUCUAAAACCAUAAUCAACAAUGUCGUUCAGGACCCUCACACCAGCCGAAUCUACUUGGGUGCCAUAAACGCCAUCUACCAGCUGAACUCUGACUUGAAGCUCGAGAGCACCGCCGUAACUGGACCAAAGAAGGACCACCCGCAGUGCACUCCCCCGAUUACCUCGCAGUGCACUAAUUCUAAGGAUACAGACAACAUUAACAAACUCUUGCUAGUCAACUCAGCCAAUGGCACCUUGGUCGUGUGCGGCAGCGUGUUCAGGGGUAUCUGCUCCUUAGUGAACCUUUACAGCGUGGAGAAGCCCGUGUACUACAGCGACACUAAAGGAGAAAAAACGUACGUGGCCAGCACUGAAAAGACUGUCGCUAUGGUUGGAGUUAUUUCUUAUUUCGCGACGCCUCUUGCUAACCUCAGCGUGUUCUUGGUGGGGAAGGGCUACGGAGGCUCGGACAGCACAAAGCUGGUCAGCACUCGGUUGCUGCAGGAGCACGGCGACAUGGAUGUCUUCGAGAACAUGGUGGAAGCAUCCACCGUGCAGGCCAGCUCCUUCUCUAUUCGUUUCGACCAUGACUUCCGCCACGCUUUCAAGGAUAACGGCUACAUCUACUUCCUGUUCUCCCGCACCCCGGGCACCAGCGACAGCAGGAAGAUCACUUUCGUGGCACGCCUGUGUGAGAACGACCAUCAUUAUUAUUCUUAUACCGAGCUUCAACUCAACUGCUCCAGCAAGAGCCAGCCACAGGAGAAUACGUACAAUAAGGUCCAGGCGGCGUACCUGGCCACACCCGGUGCGGAUAUGAAACUUUCGAAUCCGGAAGAUAAGGUUCUGUUUGCGGUGUUCAGCGCAGAUGAGGACAACAGCCUGUCGGCGUUGUGCAUGUAUCCGCUCAGCAGCAUCAACGCAAGGCUUGAGGAAGUGAUCGAGUCGUGCUACAUAGGAGAAGUUAUGGAGGACAUGAAGCCGAAGACUGUUUACUCACCCUACAACUCCAAAUCGGAGGCCAUCUGUAAAACCAAAAGACCUAAGGAGAUAGCGAUGGAACAUAAAUGCGGAGCAGAGUUUCUACCCACACCGCUAGCAAGUAAACCCGAGUACGCUCUGGCCGUGGAGCCCAUCUACACCAAAAAAGACAUGCUUACAGCCGUAGCCGUGGCAGUAGAGAACGAACACACAGUUGCCUUUUUGGGAACUAGUGUAGGAGAUGUAUUACAGGUUCAUCUCAACUCCAACCAAACUGCCCACUAUCACACGAUUUCAGGCGAACACAGGGAUAGUGGGGUGAACAAAAACCUGUUUUUUGAUUCGAGUUUGGAUCAUCUGUACGUGACCACCGGCACAAAGAUCACGAAAGUGCCAGUGCAGGCUUGUGAGAAAAAGAAAGACUGUCAAGCAUGUACCCAGAGUGACCCGUACUGCGGCUGGUGUGUUUUGGAGGGCCGAUGCACCAGGAAGAAGGACUGCAGCAGAGGAGAGGAAAAGAACGCGUGGCUGUGGAGUCCAAAUCAGACGUGUGUGACCAUUCAAACCUUUGACCCCCCCAACAUCAGCUGCAAGAAGACAGAUCGUACACAGGUGAAGAUUUACGUGCCCUCCCUCCCUGCCAUCAGCAGUCCAGAUACAUUGAAGUGUGUUUUUGGUGAUUACAAAAGUGACGCCACCCUUACAGAAGACACUCGGGUCAUCUGUGCUCUCCCAACCUCUGACCAUACACCGCCCACACCUGAGACGCAAGAUUUUGUGGCAGUACCUGUGACGAUUAUGGUGAAUGACGACAUUGAAGUGGCCUCCAGUACGUUUGAGUUCUACGACUGUGCAGCAGUGGUAAAGAAAGCACAGAAUACGCCUUGCAUUGCUUGUGUAACCAGCAAGUGGCGCUGCCAAUGGAACAUUGAGGAACAUACAUGCAGUGAUAGAGAUGAUACUGUCGGGGCUAUCAUUAAACCCAUGGAGGAUAUCCUGUGUCCCCAGUUUGAGCUACCAGACCCUCUGCUCAUUCCUGUUGGCAUCAAAAAACGCAUUGAAUUUCAGGGCAAAAAUAUGGAUAAAUAUUCGGGCAAAACCUUUCAGAUCGGCUCUGAGCUCAUGAAACAAGUGGGCGAGGUGACCGUUGAGACCGACGGGUCAAAGUACAGUUUCGAAGGAUACGAGUUUGCUUAUGACAAAGAGCCAGAGGUGAACGUGACGUUCUACAUAAAGGAUAAAGACACUGAGAGGAAGAUUGACAGCACCCUUAGAGUGGUGCUGUACAACUGUUCGGUACGACGUGAGGACUGCAGUUUGUGUAAGAACGCCGACAAAAAGUAUGACUGCGUGUGGUGCGAGACAACAAAAUCCUGCAUCUAUAAAGACCUGUGCAGCAAGGAACUUCAGCAAUGUCCUCCCCCAAGGAUCACUCAUAUUGUCCCACGGUACGGGCCAAUGGGUGGGCAGAUCUCGGUUACUAUAAAGGGUUCCAACUUGGGCAUUAAGCAGGAGGACAUUAAACGAAUUACUGUGGCAGGAGUGGAAUGUAUUCAUCAACCUGAAAGAUAUUCAGUGUCUACCAGUGUUGUGUGUGAGAUCGGACCCUACCUAUCAGCUCCUGGAGAGCUUCCUAGUGAACAAAGCUUUGCCGGGAAAGUGGAAGUAGAGGUUGAGGGAGGACGAAAAGGAGUGUCGACCGAGGAGUUUACGUACAGGGACCCUGUUCCCAAGGAUGUGUUCCCCUCGAAAGGGCCCGUAGCUGGAGGAACCCUCAUCACCAUCACAGGAAACCAUCUGGACACGGGUAGUAAAGAUGACAUCAGAAUCACAGUUGGAGGAGAGCCUUGUGAAGUGGUGUCAUUCGGCUGGGAGAUAACCUGUAAAACAGGUCCAUAUAAAGGACAAAAGAUUCCAUCCGACAAGUUGAUUGUCAGUGUGAAGUACGGCAAGGUGACCAAUAAGGAAUUUCUCGGAUUUGAAUACUCGGCCAAUCCCAAAAUUUUGGAUUAUACACCGCGGUCUAGUUUUAUUUGUGGAGGCCGUAAGAUCUUGGUGACGGGAUCAGGAUUUGAACAAGUGCAGAAAGCCACUAUGGUAGUGCUGCCCUCUGGUGACGAGAAUGACGGCAAGUCUAGCAAUGUGAAGUUCGUCGAGGAGUUUAGCAGCAAGAACGAGACCGUGUUGGAGUUCCUGUCCCCGAUUGUAGAAAAGAGUUACGAGAACCUGCCAUUAAAAAUCACCAUCAAGCUGGACAACGUGGAGGAGAAAUUGGACUUUUUUUACCACCCUGACCCCACUUUCGUUCACCUGACGGAUAAAGCCAUCACAGAAGGCAGCAUCAUCAAUGUUAAUGGUCAAGGAUUUUCCAAAGCCAUGACUGCUUCGGAGGCCCAGGCGUUUGUGGGCGACGAGCCCUGCGUUGUAACAAUCCUGGAAUAUGAUAAACUAUUCCUCGUGGCUCCCUCCAGUCCUCCUAAAUCCUCCACCAGGCGCCAUCGCAGAGACACCAGCUCUGAGGCCAUAGAGCUUCUGAUAAAGUUUGGAAAGGGAGAGUGGAAUGUUGGUUCUGUGCGCUUUGAGAGGAAGUCUGAGGUUCCUCUUUAUAUCAUUAUUCCAGCUGUCAUCAUUCCCAUGGUGCUCUUUAUUGGCAUGUCAAUAUAUUGCUACAGGAGGAAAAGCCAACAGGCUGAAAGAGAGUAUAAGAAGAUAAAAGAUCAGCUGGCCGGUCUGGAGGAGAGUGUCCGUGAUCGCUGCAAAAAAGAAUUUACAGAUCUAAUGAUAGAGAUGGAGGACCACACAAGCGACCUAAAUGAAGCCAGAAUACCCUUCUUGGACUACAAGAACUACACAGACCGUGUUUUCUUCCUGCCCUCCAAAGAUGGAGCCAACGACGUCAUGAUUACCGGCAAACUCAAUAUCCCAGAAUCCCGCAGGGCCAUUGUAGACCAGGCCCUAAACCAGUUCUCCAACCUCCUCAACAGCAAAACCUUCCUCAUCAAUUUCAUUCGCACCCUGGAGGGAAGACAGGAGUUUAAUGCCAGAAAUAAGGUUUACUUUGCAUCGCUCUUGACGGUGGCUCUGCAUGGCAAGCUGGAGUACUACACAGACAUCAUGAGAACCCUCCUGCUGGAGCUCAUGGAGGAAUACGUUCACAGCAAGAACCCCAAACUCAUGCUUCGAAGGUCCGAGACAGUUGUGGAGAGGAUGUUGUGUAACUGGAUGUCCAUAUGUCUCUACCAGUUCCUGAAGAACUCAGCUGGUGAGUCGCUGUACAAGCUUUUUAAGGCCAUUAAACACCAGGUGGAAAAAGGGCCUGUGGAUGCCAAGAUGAAGAAAGCCAAGUACACACUGAACGACACAGGACUCCUUGGGGACGAUGUCGAAUACAGCGUCUUGACCCUACAGGUGCUGGUUCACGGCGAGGGUCCUGACGUGACCCCAGUCAAAGUGCUGAACUGCGACACCAUCUCCCAAGUAAAAGAGAAGAUCAUUGAGCAAGUGUACAGGAACCUGCCAUACUCCCAGAGACCCACGGUGGACAGCGUCGCCUUGGAGUGGCGCCCUGGCUCCACAGGGCAGAUUCUGUCGGACAUGGAUUUGACAUCGCAGAAAGAAGGGAAAUGGAAACGCAUCAACACCCUGGCCCACUACAAUGUCAGAGACGGCGCCACGCUGGUCUUGUCCAGAGUUUUGCACACUCAGCAGUCUUUCAACCAGAACCAAGACAACCACGAAGAAAGAAAUGCAUUGCUGGAGGACGAUGAUAAGGUAUUUCAUCUGGUUAGACCCGCAGACGAAAUGGACGAUAUCAAAUCUAAAAGAGGAAGUAUGAAAGACAAAGGGACCACUAAAGCCAUCACUGAGAUCUACCUGACCAGACUCCUCUCUAUGAAGGGCACGUUGCAGCAGUUUGUAGAUGAUUUCUUCCGCAGCGUGUUGUCUUAUGAAAACAUAGUUCCUCCUGCAGUGAAGUAUUUCUUUGACUUCCUGGACGAACAGGCGGCAAAACAUGACAUCGUCGAUGAUGAAACCAUUCAUAUAUGGAAGACCAACAGUCUGCCUCUACGGUUCUGGGUGAACAUCUUGAAGAACCCUCACUUCAUCUUUGACGUCCACGUGACGGAGGUGGUGGACGCAUCGCUGUCCGUCAUCGCUCAGACCUUCAUGGACGCCUGCACCAAGACUGAGCAUAAACUGACCCGGGAAUCCCCGAGCAACAAGCUGCUUUAUGCAAAAGAAAUCUCCACCUAUAAGAAGAUGGUCGACGAUUAUUAUAUAGGCAUCCGUCAGAUGGUUCCAGUCAGUGACCAGGAUAUGAACACGCAUCUAGCAGAGGUUUCACGGUCUCACACCGAUAAGUUGAAUACCCAGGCUGCAUUGCACCAGCUUUACCAGUACGCCAGCAAGUACUACGAUGGGAUAAUCUCGUCGCUGGAGGAAGACCCUGCCGCUCAGAACAAACAGCUUACACUCAGACUCCAGCAGAUCGCCGCCGCAUUGGAGAAUAAAGUGACGGAUCUUUAAUGUCGGUCUUAUCUGAGAAGAACAUUGUGGCGCUAAACCCAGGACACGGCUCGCUUUAGUGGGCUACAGAAUUGAGAACCCAUUCCACGGGACUCCUUUGCGUAGAGUAUAAGAGGAAAGCCAGAGGCUUCGGUCUUGAUUUUUCUCUUCCCAGAUGGCUUUCGGUUUGAUUUAUGUUUCAGUGGGACCGAUAUAAACUCUAUGCUGUGAGGUUGUCUAUCUGAACUUUGAGUUGACACGAUUGAAAAAUUUGUUAUGGUACUCGGAUCAGCACCUGCACAUAAGGAAAUCCAGCAUUUUGUUUCUUCCUGCUUUGUCAAUAAUCAGAUGUUCAGUAUAUUCUUCCUCUGUAGAUGAGAUGAAAUAGUAUUAUAUGUACAUAUAUUUUUACACAGAAAGCGAGGCUUUAAAACAGAUUAUCGUUCCUGUGGACUUUUUGGUUUCCUGUGUAUUUUAAGUGCCACUCAAUCCUGCGCGGUGAUGUCACAUCCCGGUUCAGUUGUGGUACAUUAUAGUCUGUAUCGGUGUUCGUGAUGCUGACGCCAACGCUUCUGUUAUGUCCCUCCCAAGUAUUUUGAUUGUAUUUUUACUGGUGAUCGCGUAAAGUAAUUUAGCCACUAUGGAUGUCAUUGAAAAAGAACAGAGGCCAUGAUUGUUCAGUGUCCACAGAGUGCGAGCACAUUUGAUCCACAACACUCAGAACAAAGACCACGCAAGCUUUCAUCUGCCUUUGAUUUCAUGUCUCGGGUCCUUUUAUACGUGCAGUUCAACACAUAGCUUGCCUUAUUUUUUGACCCUAUUAUGAUUUUGUAAUCUAAAUCAAUUGAAGGCUGAUUAAAGUGAAGUUUGUGUUGCGGAUGCCUUUUAAAAAAAAAUGGACAUGUACAAGAAUCGGCACAAGAAGGUCUUUUGAAUGUGGUAACGUACUGUUUUGCCUUAACGGCAAUGGUUAGGACUGAGACUCAUAUGCCAUUUACAUUGAGAUAAUGUUAUGGGUUAAUUAUAUAUAUAAUUUUAUUAUCCUGGUUCUAUUCUUACCUGUAAAACCUGGUGUUCGAGCAGUAAGUUAAAUGGAUUCGGGUAUUUUGGGUGGAGCUUACCAAAGCUUUUUUUCUUAGCUGUCCACAAUCAUCUAUUCUUCUAGCCUAUGUGUUUUAUAUAUGUUAAGUUGUUUUAAAUCAUCUUUACAGUAAAUGAAUUAUUUUAGUCUGAUAAAAAAAUAUAUGAUUUUUUUAUUUUUUUUAUUUGUAAAUGGUACUGAUUUUCCUACCUGUAUGUUCUGACUCAAAUGUGCCAAACACCAAUAACAGAAUGGGAACAUGGAAUGUGUUUUUUGUUUGUGAACUUUAUAGUGUGCGUGUAUGACUCGUGUUGCGUAGCAAAAGUACAGCCAAUCAGAGGCUUGCACCGCCCAUUCUGAGCAUGAUGGACACAGCAGGAAAUGCCUUUAACGUGAAAAUAUAGCCAGACUGCCACGUUAAAUUUUUUUAUAUCGCUCUUUCUCGCUCUUAACUGUGUUGUCAAGCUAUGAUCGUGUCAGUGGCUUAUUGUAAAGCUUCUUUGCCUUUCUUUACCACGUAGUGCCUUAAAGGAAUCUGAGUAAUAAUGAUGAAUUGUGUGGUGAUUGUGUCUGCAUUAAAAAUUGCAAUAGGGA